AUGCUUCGUAAUGCCGCCGCCGGCGCUCGAAAGGCCGUCACGGAGCUUUCACAAUUUCCUAAGCCCGGCGAGAAGCUUCAUGGCUUCACCCUUGUUCGAUCCAAGCAUGUUCCUGAGCUUGAGUUGACGGCUCUUCACCUUCAGCAUGACAAGACAGGAGCCGAUUAUCUGCACAUUGCCCGCGACGACAGCAACAAUGUCUUCUCGAUCGGUUUCAAGACGAACCCUCCGGAUGAUACUGGUAUUCCUCACAUUCUAGAGCAUACGACACUAUGCGGUAGCGAAAAAUAUCCCAUUCGUGAUCCUUUCUUCAAGAUGCUUCCACGAACACUAUCGAACUUUAUGAACGCGUUCACGGCAUCAGACCAUACUUUCUACCCCUUUGCGACAACCAACGCGCAGGACUUCAAGAACCUCAUGUCUGUGUAUCUUGACUCAACAUUGCACCCACUGCUCAAGAAGUCCGACUUUACCCAGGAGGGUUGGCGAAUUGGUCCCGAGAACCCACUUGCUGAGGACGAGGCGAGCAAGAAGUUGGUGUUCAAGGGCGUCGUUUACAACGAGAUGAAGGGCCAGAUGUCGGAUGCUGGGUAUUUAUACUAUAUUCGCUUCCACGACCAUAUCUUUCCUGAUAUCAACAACUCGGGUGGCGACCCCCAGAAGAUCACAGAUCUGACAUAUGAGCAACUGCGAAAGUUCCACGCCGAGCACUACCACCCCAGCAACGCCAAGGUCUUCACUUAUGGUGAUAUGCCCUUGGUUGACCACUUGCAGCAGGUCGAUGCUCAGCUCCAGGCUUUCGAGAAGAUCCAGGGUGACAAGCAAAUUCACGAGCCCGUAACACUGAGCGGCCCCAAGGAAGUUACUCUGUACGGCCCACUUGAUCCUCUUGUCGAUCCUGAUCGUCAGUACAAGACCUCUGUGUCAUGGAUCAUGGGUGACACCACAGACGUGUUGGAGUCUUUCUCCCUGGCACUGCUCUCAACUCUCUUGAUGGAUGGUUAUGGCUCCCCUCUGUACCGAGGUCUUGUUGAGGCUGGCAUGGGCGCUGAUUGGAGCCCCAACGCUGGAUAUGACAGCUCUGCUAAGAAGGGAAUUUUCUCCAUUGGUCUUACCGGUGUUCAGGAGGCUGAUGUUCCUAAGCUCAAGGAGAAGGUUCAACAGAUCUUGAGGGAAGUCCGUGAGAAAGGUUUCGACAAGACCAAGAUCGAUGGAUCUCUUCAUCAGCUCGAGUUAUCGCUCAAGCAUAAGACUGCUAACUUUGGAUUCUCCAUGCUGAACCGCCUCAAGCCCAAGUGGUUCAACGGUGUAGACCCCUUUGACUCAUUGGCUUGGAACGAUACCAUCAAUGGUUUCCAAGCUAAGAUGGCUGAGGGUAACUACCUAGAAGGUCUCAUUGACAAGUAUCUACUCAACGAUAACACUUUGACAUUCACAAUGGCCCCUUCAAACACCUACGGCGAGGAUCUUGUCAAGGAGGAACAGGAGCGACUUUCUACCAGAAUCCAGGCAGCUAUCAAGGAGGCCGGCAGUGAAGAGAACGCUCGGAAGCAUUUCGAGAAGCAAGAGCAGGAGUUGCUGGUCGAACAAAACAAGACUAACACCGAGGACCUCGGCUGUCUGCCUACUGUGCACGUCAAGGACAUUCCCCGAAGCAAGGAGCCUGUGGUAGUGCGAGACGAGAAUGCCAAUGGUACCAAGAUCCAGUGGCACGAGGCUCCUACGAACGGCUUGACAUACUUCCGUGCUAUCAACACAUUGGAGAACUUGCCUGAUGAGCUUCGCGAGCUGGUCCCUCUGUUCACUGACAGCAUCAUGCGUCUUGGUACUAAGGACUUGAACAUGGAGCAGCUUGAAGACUUGAUCAAGCUCAAGACCGGUGGUGUUUCAGUUGGUUACCACUGCACCCCGUCCCCAACCGAUUUCCACGCUGCGAGUGAAGGCCUCAUCUUCACCGGUAUGGCUCUAGAUCGCAACGUUCCUGUCAUGUUCGAUAUCAUCCAGAAGCUCGUUCUGGGAACCGAUUUUGACAGCCCCGAGGCAGCUCUCAGAAUUCGACAGCUGCUUCAGGCGUCUGCUGACGGUGUUGUGAACGACAUUGCAUCCACUGGUCACCGAUUCGCAAUGGGCAGUGCUGAGUCUGGCCUUACCCGCUCCUCAUGGCUUCGACAGCAAGUUUCAGGCCUCUCCCAGGUGCAGCUGGUGACAUCUCUGGCUAGCCGACCUGAGACAGAUAAGCUUGAAGACGUUAUCUCCAAGCUGAAGCAAAUUCAGAGCAUUGCACUUGCGGGAGGAAACCUGCGGACAGCAAUCACCUGCGGUCCAGAGAGUGUUGCAGAGAACGGUGCUUCUCUGCAAAAGUUUGUGGGCAACCUCUCCCGUGAUCCUCUCGACCUGAAGAACCCGUCUCCCCGUCAACUUCCCAAGGAUAGCAAGACCUUCUAUCCUCUGCCCUACCAAGUUUACUACGGUGGGCUUUCAGUACCAACCACAUCGUACACGGCAGCGGAGGGCGCACCUCUCCAGAUCUUGUCACAGCUCCUUACACAUAAGCACCUGCAUCACGAAAUCCGUGAGAAGGGUGGCGCAUAUGGUGGAGGUGCUUACUCUCGACCCCUCGAUGGCCUCUUUGGCUUCUACUCUUACCGUGACCCCAACCCCCAAAACACACUGAGCAUCAUGCGCGGUGCUGGGCAAUGGGCUGUUGAUAAGAAGUGGUCAGACCGCGACCUUGAGGAGGCCAAGAUCUCUGUGUUCCAAGGAGUUGAUGCACCCAAAUCUGUGAACCAGGAAGGCAUGGGCCGAUUCCUCUCAGGUAUCACCGAGGAGAUGAAGCAGAAGAAGCGUGAGCAGCUUCUUGACGUAACCAAGGACCAAGUGCGCGAGGUGGCGCAGCGCUAUCUCGUUGACGGACUGGCCAAGGGCGAGGGCAGAGUCGCUUUUCUGGGAGAGAAGCAGCCCUGGAUUGACGGCGAAUGGAAGAUUCGCGAAAUGGAUGUCAAGGGCGCCGAGUAA